CCUUCAGAGCACCGGCGUCGCUAUGGUAACGGCGGAGUUUGUUGGUGGGCGUCCUUUCGUGAAAAUGCAACAAAUAUGGCUGUCGUAUCCCAAAAGCUGAAAACAAGCUUUUGUUUGUGACACAAGUUUACGAGCGUAAUAUUUCCCAGCAUACCGCUGUCUCCUUGACUGUCCUCCGGCCUUCUGUCAUUCGUCUCAUGAAGAUCCAGGGCUGACCUCUUUGCCAGGAUGGAGGUGGCCCCGUCUGGCCCCCCGAGGAGGGGGACGCCUCUGCCUCUGGGCCAGCUGGUGGAGGAGAGGAGAAGCAGAGCCGGCGCCCCCCCCAAUCAUCUGCUGGAGUCAAAAAUCUAUGUCAAACUGCAAAGCAACAGCCUGAUCCAGGCAGAGCCCCCAGUGCUUCAUUUCAGUGGGUUUGAGCUUAGGAAGGAUUACACAAAGACCCUGAAACUAAUCAACAUCUCGUCUGAAGUUAUGAAUAUUCAUAUCAUUCCCACCCAAACCAAACACUUCCAAACAACUUAUACUAAAAAGUAUCGACUAAUCCCAGGCCUCGCCUACACGCUGAAGGUCGAAUUCUGUCCCGAUGAGUGGCGCUACUUCUAUGACUGCAUUCGGGUUCACUGCAAGGGGGAAGAGAACCUGUUAAUUCCAGUUCAUGCUUACCCCGUCAUCGAUGACCUGCACAUUCCUCCUCGCAUCGACCUAUCAGCCGUACCACUUGGACAAAGUGUUUGCCAUGUUAUUCCUCUGAGAUGCAGCUGUCCCAUUGACUUUGAGUUUCAGGUGCACGUUAUUCAGCCACACAAAGCCUUCUCCAUCCAGCCCCUCACAGGUGUGAUACCGGCCAACGGUGAGGCCAAGAUCACCGUGACCUUCAGUCCUUUCCAGUAUGAGACUUCUCAAGUCACCCUGCAGCUGGUCGUUUCACAGUUCAACACCAAGCCUUACCUCUGCACCGUCACCGGGAGCUCCGCGCCUCGCCCGGCUCUCAGCCAGCUGGAAAGGAAGUCAUGUUGUGGAGCUGCAGUGCCCCCAGGACUCAAAGGGAAUUCAUCGACAACCUCAGUGAACCCUCGAAGGAAAACAAAGUACAAGUCGGUCAAGGAGAGCGACAAGUCAAAGGGAGAUGUUAAGCACGGGCUGAAAGCAGCGGACGUCUGUACCCCUGCAGGGGUAGCAAAGAUGCUGAUCAAAGGCGCCAAUAAACUCAGCUCCAAAGACGUGAAGGAAGCCGUAUCUUGCGGCAGCGCGGUAGGACUCCAGAGUAGACAGAUGAAGGAGGCCCUCUUCACGAAGAAGGUUCAACAAAGCGUGAAGGAGGAGCAAGUCAACCACCUCAAAUGGCAAGUUCAUCUGGGCAUGGACCCCAUGUCAGAGCAAACCAGGAGGCAGGUGGUGGAGGAGAGAGAGAUCGCUCUGCAUGAAUACAUGGUAAAAAGGGGAGAGAUAAGCCAGGAGGACGACUUUACUGCUGGACAAACUCGGCUUUACGUCACACGGGUGCUUCGAGAAGCCGGACAGGUCCCAGAGGGAGCCCCGUCCUUCCAGUUUUACACCAGCUUCCAGUGGGAGCUGAGACAAAGAGCCUUCGGGAUGUUCCAGCAGGCAGCGCGAAAGGUGGCGAUCCGGUGUCGCAUGAGCCGGAGAUUGGCCUGUUUGAGGAAACUUGCAGACAGUAGGAAGAACCUGCCUUCGGCGCAGAAAGCUGACGAGGAGGAGACGCGUGACCUGAAAAUCUCUCCGGACAAAGUCUUUCCAUCGUCUUUCCCCAUUUUCUGUAAUGAGGAAGACCCCUUGGCUCGCUGUAAUUUGGCCGCGGUGCCCGUGGAUGCUAUCGACGCGGCUGUGACGGCGCAUAUUCCUUUCUUCAAGCUCCGGGUUCCUCAGCACUAUAAACUCAUGGGCUACCAGCCUGUGUUGACCUGGGAGGCAUUUAACUCGUACAUCUCCACUGCCUUGGCCAGGCCCCUUCGUACCGGAUCUCUGGACGCGCUGGUGCGCGAUGAGGCCAGAGCGGCGGAGGAAGAGCAACGUGAAAAUGAGGAGGAGGAGGAGGAGGAGGAGGAGGAGCGUGUCACGUUCUCCUUCACCGCUCCCGAAGCUCUGCUCAAACCGCCGCCAGCGAACCCGCUCAGAAUCUUUAAUCCAGCUCCCGGCCUCCACGCGUACAAGCCACGGCCUAAAUACCUGGAGACCGAUCUGGACUUCCACCUCUGCCCUCUUCCCAGGUAUUCAGUCCCUGAGAGCGACGAGGAUGGCGAAGGGACACGAGCUCCACAGAAGGACACGGUUCUGAUCCCAGAGGUCAUGACAUGGAAGAAUUUCGAUUCCGUCAUCUUUAAUGUUCUGUCCAGCCUACCUGCUCUCACCAGUGACUGCAUCCCACGCAGGUCCGUCGACUACAACACGGAUAUACUUCCGCUCGCGGCGCCUUCUCCCAUCGCUGGCCUCCCUGACGACCAGACGCCACCAAUGGACACACAGUGUGAAGGCGCCGGCGUCCACCUGACGCCAGAAAUGAUCAGAGCCGAGUUCUUGUCUGGAGAAGCUCUGCCCUCCUAUAGCGACCUCACCUCCGUAACAGCAGUCACGCACCAGAGGGAGCGCCAGAUCGAGGCGGCCUACAGGUCUGAGUACGACCAGAUGGGGAAAAGAGUGAUGGCCAGAUUGAAGCAAUUUGAACUCUCCGACGCAACUCCUUCCCAGUCGCCAGAAGACGACUGUAAAUAGUGCUCGAACGUAACAUACACACAUGUGAGCCUCGCACCCGUUUCUGCUCGCUGGUGCUUCUCUUUUGUCAGCCCCGCAGCUUGUGUGAGAUAAAACCUGCUUACUUUCUCGCCCACCGAUAAGCCUCCUUUCUACCCACUCAAAAGCUCCCCUCCUGUGCUCUUACAAAUCCCGUGGAUUUGUUAACCCUCCACCCACUCAGAGCCAUAUAUAAGCACAGCUACGGCACAUUCUAGCAGCAAGUGACAUCACAUGACUGACGGCAUCUGUAUUGUAGAUACAAAGUGUAUCUAUUAAACUAUUAAACCUUUUUAUGUAGCACAGAGCCGGCGUCAUGUUUGCAAAUCAUCAACUUAACCUUUCACACUAAAAAGUAAUUCCUUCCCUUCCUUUCAUGAGUUUAUUUUCAUUUUUUUUUGGUAAUUUUUUAAUAUGUAGCCACUCAAACGACUGUCUGGUUUUAUUAGAAACCUCAGAAUUCAAGUGGAUUGAUUAAGGAAGAAUUUAAUUUCCACUUGACACGCUGUGAAGUGAGUCCAGAAACAUGUGACGUGUGUGUGUGUGUGUGUGUGUAAUUGCCACCAAUAGAGGGAGCUCCAGCUCUAUGAGUUUUAUAAUUAGAUUUCCAUGAGCAUUGGUCCUUUACUCACUUAAUUGAAGCGUGCUGUAGAAAUAUACAAUAAAAGUGCGGGUGAACCCUUUUUUUUUUUUACAGGAAAAAAAACUUUUUUUUGCUGCAUCUUAAAAAUGAGAAUUGAGUUUGUUGUGUUAUGGGUGUUUAUGUAAUUUAAUCUAUGCUCCAGGUUGAAACCUGAUCUGAGCUAUAGUUACAUGUUUAAUUAGCCACAGCAGUGAUAUACAGGACGCUUAAUAAGUCGUAGAUGGUCUCAUAAAAGAAGCGGAGAAGUGUGGCGCUGAUGCGACGUGCUCCUUACAGGCUUCCCUCAGCCUCCGCGUCCACCAUUAAACUGUCACGUCUACCUUCCACUGCCCGCUUUACUCUCAAGCUGUCGCCCUGUGAACUUUAGGGCUGUUAUUAUUUCCUCAGUCCCUGAGAAAUGAGAGGAGACACUCACAGACCCCGACAAUGAAAACAGGAGCAGUUUUUGCUUCAGCCGGCUCAAUUUGUGCCGAACCCCAUAGCAAGAAAAUAGCAUCUUCCCGCUGACACGUUCAACACAAUGACCUGAACAUCCUGUACAAUCAAAAAAAAAAAAAACACGCACUCUUUGUGUUGCUCAUCCUUGAGUGUGCUUUUCACCUCACACAUUUCAUUGACUCGUGCACACUUCCUGGGUGACAAAUUGAGUUGGGCCCCUCAGAGAUGCAACUCUCUCUCAACUUCUUUCAGCAGCAACCGAGUGACUUUCCGUCAAAAGCUUCAAUAAAUUCGGUCCCGACUUUGAACACAGUCUCAGUUUUGCGCUUGGAAAGGCUUCAAGAACCUGAGGCGUGCAAGAUUCGUUUCGUCGAAUAUAAAGCGCCGACUCUCGAGGCGGUUUGAGUGUAGACUAAAGCCUUUUUCGUAAUUUAGUUUUAUUUAAAAAACAAAAUAAAAAAAUGGAAGGACUUCAUUCAUGUCUGUGUCUUUGACCAGAGAAACAAGAGAAGGCAGCAUGGAGAGCUAAGAAUGUGGAGGAUGCUCGGGUCACUAUGUCUGACAGACUGGAAACUAGAGAUAACAAAUAUUAACAAAAAAAAAAUAGAAAGAAAAAUCUCCUUAUGCCACGUCAGCUGUUUACCCAGCAUAAACAACUCUGCUCAGAAUAAUAGCGCUGACAUCCUCACUAUUUCUGAGCUUCAGUUGCCCUUGACAGCGGCAGCGUAACCUGGACUUUUGCCGGAACAAAAUCACUGACAGUCGAUCCAAAUUAAGCCGCGGCGAGCUUCCAAAAUUUAGUGAGGAACUGGCACGAGAAUGACAUUAGGAGUGGAUUUCUAGUUAUUCAGUUGGAGCUGCUCUUAUUCAAGUCAUCGAGGCUCAGCUGGAGGCAUGUUUGUACGUUCCACUGAUAUAAUCCAGUGUAAUUGAAUUCGCUGGGUCCUACAAAUCCACAUUUAUUUAAUUUUUUCUUAACAGUUAAAUUUUGAAUUUGACUAAGAAAAAUAAAGUCUAACAAAACAGUAACAAGCAAGUAGAUGGAUAUAAAUAUAUACCAAAGCCAAGCCAAAUACAGUUUCUCUUGAAAGCUACAAAAAAUGCUAACUGCUAAGAUGCUAAGCUAGGCUACACUAUAAUUGUUUUUAUUUCUAUUUUGUGUUGACUGUAAUCUGUAACUGAAAAAUAAUGAUUCCUGGCUUUGAAAUGUGUCAUUUGACAUAACUAACUUCAAGUUUAGUUAAAUUUUAUCAGGCCAGAGGCUAAAAGCUAUGCUAACUACAGCUAGCAGCAGUACAAUCUGUCCAGUCGGAGCUUUAAAUCUUGUUGAAAUCUUAAAAAAAGAAUGGUGAAGCUAAAGUUAACUCAUUUUGUAUUUCUAUUAAUGUGUAUUGAAAGAAAUUUAAAAUUGAGGGAGAAGAUUGUGGCGCAAAAAAAUUAAAAAUAUAUAAAAAAAUGUAUAAUCAACCAAAAAUUUUAUCGAUAUUUAUGGAGAAGAUGUUCCAAGCUUAAUUUCUUUGGAGCCUUUACCACAUUGGUCAGUGUUGAAAUCUAAAGUCUUUAAUGUGAAUAUUAUUUAUUUAUUUAUUUUUAGUAUUGAUCGGCGGCUCAUUGACUUAGUUACUUUCUCCAAACUUUAAAUCUUUUCAUAUUUUUGGAACAUAACAAACCAGAAUCUCACAAUCGCAGCUCCAACCCAGAGCGCUGUGUGAUUUUUUUAAAGACGACACCGUGGACUCUUUCUCGCUUGCGCAGUUAUUAUUGUGGUGCGAAAAGCAAUAUUUUUGUUAUUUUUUUUUAAAUGCCAGACUUGUCAUCUCCCCGUAGCCUGCAGCUUUUUUUUUUUCUUUUUUUUUUCAUCCUAAUCUUGCAAAAAAUUAUGAGUCACCCUUAAGUGAGCGAUAUGAAGGUGCUGUGUUUUCUUUGUCUGACGCUCUUGAGCUCUGGUGUGUCGAGUGGAAACGCCAAAAAUGGGAAUUGCAUCCGGUUGCCUCGUCAUUAGGCGUGAUUGCCUUUCCUUUAAAUGCCAAUUUUUACGUGAUCUUUUGUUUUUAACCGCGCCGUCUCAAUCUAAGAAAAUAUCAACUACAUCUGCGAAAUAAAUCACUCCCAUUGUUUUGCGUGGCCCGGUCUUGAUUAGUGUGCAUUCUCUACCUUAACAAGAGAGAAAUUGCAAUUAAUGAUGUUUCUCAGUGACACACUCGUGUUUGCAGUGUUAAUACGCUGCGUUUUGAAAGGUCAGUCUUCUGCAACCCUCAACAUAGCCGCUAGCAACGGAAAAUCGCUUCUCAGUCACCACAGAGUCGUGUGGUGGUCGCUUCUCUGCUGCUUUUGCGAAGCUAAAUAUGCCUCGCUGCUCAACGGUAUCCAAGUAUGUAAAAGCAAGACAUAAAUCUUGAAAACAACCUGGGAUACUAGUGCUUAGUUGAUUGGACUGAGCUCAAACCAGCCACAAUGCCCCUUUAUCAGUUGUGGAUUUGCCACAUUAGGAGAUAUCCGUCACUGAUAUUGAAAAUGUUUUCUUCUCCGUUAAAAUGCUCAUAGCCUGAAGAGAUGGAUGGAAUUGAUUCCCCUCUCUGUCGUGUCUUUUGAGGGAAAUUCAUUUUCCCGCUAAUAUUGGUUUAAAGUUAGCCACGAAUUACCGGAUCAAGGUAGACGGAGCUCGGGACCGAGGGAGGAUUGAAUCUGCUGAGGGCGAACCGUGAACUGUAAGUGUUGACUCGAUCAAAUCUGCGUGGGCGUACCAGCGCGUAUGACUUUACCUUCAAUAAAAGCCCCAUUUAGAAGGGUGUUUUUUUCUUUUUUCUUUUUCUUUUUUCCACAGAUCUGACCUUUAAGAAAACAGGUUUUACUCCAAGGACCGAGGCAAACGAGAUGACAAAUGGAUGUUUCUGAAGCUUAGCAGCACAUCUGAAAAUGACCAAAUUACAAGAAACGCCAAGCAGGAAAAACAAAACGUCACAGCUGAACAAACACUCAGUUCUCAGAAAAACGGCUAAUGCAUGUCUACUUAAGUAUGAUUAGAUAACAAGUGCACAUGUGUGUGAAAACCCUCUCUGCUUUUGCCUCCGAAGGCCACUCAGAAAAAAGAAAUUGGACUGUAAAAAGAAACAUAGAGAUCUUAUUUUGAAAGGCCGAAGCCACCACUUAUCCGCCGAUUAGCACCCGAGAAAUAAACUUUCCCCGCUGUUCUUCUAAUUUGGGGGAAUGACAGACCUGAAAUAUGUUUCAAACCAGCACCUGGAAAUGUGUUUAAAGAGAAUUUGAAUUUUGGCACGCACGUCAGUUUGAUGGGCACUGAAUACGGUUGGCGACACAAAGAGCGGCGCUUUCAUUUCGCGUGGCGCGCGGUGUGCACUGUAGCAUUAAAUAGGCCCGCGACGCGAACCGGGAACCACAUAAAUCCCCUUGACAUUUCCUCGGACGGAAAUACAAAUGUUUAUUUU